AUGCGGUCCACCAUCAAGUUCGCGCCCGUCUUCGCGGCGCUGUGUCUGUCGACAUGGUGCAGCCCAUCGAAUGCGCUCCCCUCCCAAGCUCGCAUCGAGCCCAUCGACAUCGCAUCCACCCUACUAGCUCGCCAAGCCUCUGCUGACAACAGCAGCAGUAUCAAUUCGAACAACACGGCCGACUGCACCAACUGCACCAACCUCGGCAACUUGAACAACCCGCUCCCCGUCUCAUCGUCCGACCCCGUGGUGCAGGUUCGCAACGGCUCGUAUGCGGGGAUCACCAUCUCCCCGAUCCCUGCCAACGCGACGCUAUCGGGCUUCGGCACGAAUCGCACGCAGGAAGCCUUCCUCGGCAUCCCCUAUGCCCAGCAACCCGUGGGCCAGUUGCGGUUCAAUCGACCCCAAUCGCUCAACGAAACCUGGGACGACAUUCGCUCGGCCAAACGCUACUCGGAGAUCUGCUUUGCCGUUGGCACCGAUAGCUCGUACAACCCGCCGUAUGUGACGUACAAGAACGGCGAAGAGUGUCUCACGCUCAACGUGGUAAGACCGACCAAUGCGACGCAGGAGGGCGAGAAGCUGCCCGUCUUCGUAUGGGUCUACGGCGGCGGGUUUACGAGUGGUGGCUCUGCAGAUCGACGAUACAAUGCUAGCUUUAUUGUGGAUAAGUCGGUCGAGCUGGGGCAACCGAUCAUGUUUGUCAGCUUGAACUACCGCGUCAAUGUGCUCGGUUUUCCUGUGGGGACCGAGGCGAGGGAGGCGGGUGUUCAGAAUCUGGGUUUGUAUGACCAGCGGCUGGCGUUGCACUGGAUUCAGGAGAAUAUCGGUGCGUUCGGCGGUGAUAAGGACAAGGUGACCAUCGUCGGCGAGAGCGCGGGAGGUGCGAGCAUGUUCUUCCAGCUGACGGCGUUCGGUGGACGAAACGACAAUCUUUUCCGUGGAGCGAUCGCCGAAAGCCCCUACUAUGCGACUCAGCUCGAGACGGAAAACACGACGGCGUCGUGGAACGAGCAGUGGGCGUCACUGGCUGAGUACGCCAACUGUUCGAACGGUAACAGCACGCUCGAUUGCCUCCGCACCGUGCCGCUCGAGACGAUCAAGCAGUGGAGUGUCACGUAUAACCAGACGCUUAGCCUGUUCAACCCUGUUCAAGAUGGCGAUCUGGUGGAGGAUGAUCUGCAGGAGUCGUUCCUCCAGGGCAAGUUUGUCAAGAAUGCAAGCGUCGUGCUGGUCAACAAUCUGGAUGAGGGGAUUUCGUUCGGUGUUCGAGGGGUUAAUAAUACGCAGGACAUCGUGAAGGCGUUGAAUGCGUCGCAGGAUUUGCCGGAUGGGUGGUUGACGCAGGACACCAGGAGUCGGAUCGCCAACGUGUAUCCUGACAACGAGGACAUCUAUCCGCCGUUCCAGGCCGGAGCGGGGUUGUUGCCGGCCACAGCCGGUGUUUUGGGGAUGAACGACCGUCGAAGCUGCGCCAUCUUUGGCGAUCUGCGUUUCAUCGGUCCGCGUCGACAGGCUGCGGAACAGCUGGCUAGAGGGUCAGAGAGGAAGAUCUACACGGGCCGCUUCGACCAGCUCUCGUACCUGAGCACGGUGGCUCAGGGUGCGCAGCACUUUCAGGAGGUCAGCUCGGUGUUCAGGAACCCGCUUGCAUCGCAGAAUGCACUAGGGCCGUUGAGGAAGGAUGUGGAGCUGGCGAAUGAGAUGUCGAGCUACUGGAUCAGCUUUGUUGCUUCUGGCGAUCCGAAUCGCGCGAAGGAGGAGGGGAAGUUGGGGGGUGAAGCGCCGACCUGGCCGGUGUAUCAGCCGGAUGGGAGUCGCGAGGAGCUGGCCUUUGUCAGGGAUGGAUUGGGGAGGAGAACCCGCGUGGUCAAGGACAACUACCGGCGCGAGGGUAUGGAGCUGCUGCUUGGCUUGAGGAGCGGCUCCUACCAAGGCAUGAGGAGGCGGGAUGAGCUUUGA